AGUUUAAAUUUAGCCCCUCCCCAUCUCGUAACGGUCGUCCGAGUCGAUGCCUAGGCUGCUGAGGCGGAGGAGAUUUUAAAUAAAUUUUCCUCAUAACUUACGAAGCUUUUAAAGCAAAAUUAUUUUUUGUUUUCAUUCAUAAAGAAGUACGGGGUAUAGAGAUGGGCGAGGGUAAUGUCAAGGUGUGCGUCCGUGUACGACCCCUGAUACAGAGGGAGACCACCAGUGGCAGCAAUGUCACGUACUGGAAGUCAGACAAAAACUCCAUGACUCAGAUUGACAACAACAAAUGUUUCAUAUUUGACCGUGUCUUUGGCGUCGAUGAACAGACUUGUGAUGUGUUCGAUGAAAUUGCGAGGCCCAUCAUUAAAGCCGCUGUCAAAGGCUACAAUGGUACCAUCUUCGCUUAUGGACAAACGUCAUCGGGGAAAACUUUCACAAUGUUGGGAUCUGAGAGCCACCCAGGCAUCAUCCCCUUGGCCAUGAAAGAGGUUUUUGACGUCAUAAAAAAUCUGCCGAGCAGAGAGUUUCUCCUGCGCGUUUCUUACAUGGAAAUCUACAACGAGACCAUCUGUGACCUGCUGUCCAAAGACAAAAAGAAGAAAUCGCUGGACAUUCACGAAGAUGUCAAUAGGACGGUGUACGUUGCCGAUCUGAGGGAGGAGGUGAUCACCAGCAUAAAGGACAUUCUGGAGAUUAUGAGCAUUGGCGAAAAGAACCGCCACUAUGGAGAGACCAAGAUGAACGAUCACAGCAGCCGGUCCCAUUCAAUCUUCCGAAUGAUCAUCGAGAGCCGGGAGAGGUCACAGAGGGAGUCGAUGGAUGGCGCCAUCGCCGUGUCUCACUUGAAUUUGGUGGACUUGGCUGGCAGCGAGAGGACCAGGCAGACUGGGGCAGAAGGCUUGAGGCUAAAAGAAGGAUGUAACAUCAACAGAAGCCUCUUCAUCCUGGGCCAGGUCAUUAAGAAGCUGAGUGAAAACCCCUCUGGGGGUGUGUACCUAAACUACCGUGACAGCAAGCUUACGAGAAUCCUGCAGAACUCAUUGGGGGGGAACGCCAAAACGGUCAUCCUGUGCACGGUCACACCAGCCGCCCUCGAGGAGACACUCAGCACCCUCAUGUUUGCCAGCACGGCGAAGAACAUGAAGAAUUCCGCUCAUGUGAACGAGGUGAUUGAUGAUGAGGCCAUGCUGAAAUGCUGCAGGAGGGAGAUCAUGAAUCUGAAGAAGGAACUGAUGCAGAAAACGCAGAUGCACCAGGCUCAGGCGCAGCAGCUUGCAGAGCGCGAUCAGCAGCAGAGAGAGAGCGAGGAGCGAAUCCGCAGCCUCAAGCACAUGAUCAUCAACUACAGUGUUACUGCUGCGGGCGCCGCCGACGACUCCGCGGCUGCAAGACCAAAGCGCAGGGAGACAUGGUGUCCCGGUCUUCUGAGAUCUCAAGCGAAAAAGUUCCGGGGCAACAGCAACAUGACAGGCGAUCUGGACUUGGCCUCAGCCACAGACGUGACACAGGGAGAAGACACGUCGGAUUUAUCGCUCCUAGACGUCAACAAGUCUUUAGGCUUCGUGUCUGUGCGCCGCGAACGCGGGUCCUCGGCGAUGGUAAUGGUGGGGGAUGAUCCCGAGGAGGAGGAGUCGGAGUGGCUGCGGAGCAUCUCCUCGGAAGACAGCCCCUUGUUUAGCAAACUGCAAGCCAAGGUCAGUGAGCUGGAGGAGGAGCUGCAGGAUGCUCGCCUGAAGGAGGCGGAAAAGAACGGACAAUUCAUGGCCAUCCUUGAUGACAGGGACGAGCUACGCCAGGAACUUGCCACCCUCGAGGCGAAGCUGAAGGAAAUGGAGGCAGAGAGGCAGCGCGUAGAAACCGGCGCGCAUGACUCUCCGCUGGAAACGGCUGGAGCUCCGUCAGACCACUUGGUCGCUUCAAAUGGCGCAAGCGGGCAACACUUUAAUUCAACAAAAGACGAGAACGAUCCAAAUGCUGCCCCCCUUGCUUUACAGCUGAAUGUGCAGGAUUACGAGGAGCAGAUUUCAGCCUUGAAGGGGAGAGUUGCUGCAUGCGAAAAGGAGAACAGCAGACUUAGGGAUGCUGCAAUGGAGGCGGAAAACAUCGCGCAGUACCUGGAGGAGAUUUCAAAUCUGCAGAGUGGCCUGUCGCAUCUGAAAACUGAAAAUGCCAAGCUCCGAGAGCUAGUGGAAAAUCGUUCACCUGAAGGUAAAGAAGUGCUGGACUCUUCAUGUGAGGCUCCAAAUGAUAGCCCUGCUAAUGCUCUUCUAGCAGAGGAGAACACCUGCUUGAAACUGGAAUGGGAGACGAUGGGCAAAGAGGUGGAGAAGGCGCAGGCAGAAUGUGCAGAAGCAUCAUCUCGGUUGCUUGACUGUCAGUUCAGGCUGUCGGCAAUGGAGGAGCAGAACUCGGAACUUAACGACGAGCUUCAUGCUAAGAAUAGAGACCUUGUUGAAGCAAACACCUCUUUGAAAUCUCUCGAUGAGGAACUCUCUUCCCUGCGGAUGAAGCUACGAGAGAAUGAGGAUGGGAUCGCCCAGCAUGAUGAAGACGGACCCACUGCUGUGCAGCUACUGGAAGAAAGGCUGACUGGCCUCAACGACCAAGUGACGGAAAUGCAAAUAAUCAACCAGGACCUUGCUACUGAAUUGGCAUUGAAAGAGCUGAACCUACAGAAAGUGGAGCAGUCUGCGAAGGCCUCUGCUGAGGAAAUAUCCACUUUGCAGUUGAGCAGUGAUGCAGCCAAAGCUGAAUUGGAGCAUCUGAAAGGCCUGCUCGAGCAAAAGAGUGAAGAGCUUGACCAGUGGGCGUCGUCUUCAAUGGAUGAGAGAAUACAACUGGAAUUGCAAUUGGCUUCCCUCAGGAAGGGAAUGGAACAGCUGGGAGAGGAGCUGCAGAUUGCACGUAAAUCAAAAGAGCAAGCUGGUGACUCCCAUCCUGAAAUGGAAGCCUCUGACGCAGUGGCUCAGCUGAGUUCUUUGGAGACGCAGUGCGAAAUGCUGCAGAGCAAACUAAGGGAAAAAUCUAGUGAGUUGGACACCCUUGCUGGUGUUUUGGAGGAGAAUAGAUCUUUGCAGACGAAACUGGAAAGUGAGAACCAAGACCUUCAGGAUAAGGUUGUGAAGAUGUCACUUGAAUACGAGAGAGAAAUAUGCAAUAAUAAAACAUUGGUGACUGAAAUUGCUGCUCUUCAGCAGCAAGUGAGAGAGUUUGAUGACGAUAACAGUCGCCUUGUGGAGGAAAGCAAGGGUUACUCUGAAACGAAUAUUACACUCCAACACUCUGUUGAAGAAGCUCAGCAACAAGUGUCACUCCUCAAGGACAGCGUUGAAAAAUUAACCGAAGAAAAUUAUGAACUAAAAAUGGAUAUCCAAGGGACAACUUUAAUGUCCAGGCCUGCCCAAGAGCCGGUCAGCCAAGGUUCUCGGAAAAGGGCUGAAGAGCGCCGGUCGACACGCAGGUCAUCGAAAUUGAUUGCUAAAAUGGAGCUGUCGUUCGAUGAGUGCGAUUACAGGCUCCUCAACCCACAGCAGGCGGCCGACACUUGCAGCAUCAUACCGGAGAAUUUGGCCGAAGUGGAACUGGAGAGCCUGCGUGGAAAGCUUGCCAGUUUGGAGGAGGAAAACAAGUCUUUGCUUGCACUGCUGCUGCCUGCUCCUGAGAAGCCAGAGGAGGAAAUGAGUGACAGCGUGGCUGAGCUGCUAGCCAGGGUGCCCAUACUGGAGGAGGAGAAAUGUCGACUGGAGGCCGCACUAGACACAAAGACGAGAGAGCUCGGGUCCAUCUCAGAUGAGGCCACAACGAUUAAGAAGCAGCUCAAAUCUGCGGAAAAAGAGAUUGAGAACCUGCAGAUGAUCUUGGAUGCGCUGAAUGAGGAGUCUGUGAAUCAGUAUAAAUUGAGUAGCAGUGAGAAUGAAAGGAUGAAUACGAUGGAGGAGGAAAAUGAGUGUGUGCGCAAAAAACUGGAAGCUCUGCUGGCCCAUGCUGCUGAGAGCGAUCAUGUGGAGGUAUCCAAUGAAGCAGAUGUCAAUCUGGAAGCCAAACUGAGGACACUGGAGGAGGAGAAGGCGAACUUGCAAGCACAAAUAGAGCAUGUCCAGGCAGAAUGCGAAGCACUCUCAAAUGCUGCCGAUGACAAUGCUGGAAGAAUGCGAGUGGUGGAGUCCGAGUUAGAAUCCGCCAGAUUGCAGAAUGAGGAGAUGUCCAUUACCCUUGUCUCUGUCCAAGCCAAACUUCAGGAAGUGGACCAUGAGAAUGCCCAAUUACGCGACCAUGUCAAUUCUGCAGGUGUGCUUGAUGACAAACUUUCAACGGCAAUGGAGACCAUUUUGAUGCUGAACGAAAAACUUUCAUCAAUCCAAAUUGAAAAACAAGAGCUGCAAGUGCGAGUGGAUUCUUUACAAACUCAGAGUGAUGAACUCUCCACUGCUUCGAACAUCACUGCCCUCAAUAGCGAACUACAGCUGCUUCAGGAAGAGAAGGAGGCUUUGCAGUCCCAAUUUGAGGAUGCUGUGCUGCGCUGCGAGCGGCUGUCUAGUAUUUCGGAUGAGCUCGCUGAUCUGAAGGUUCGGUUUGCAAUGACACAAGAUGAAAAGGAGUCUCUACAGUUGCAAAUUGACUCCCUUGCUAAAGAACAAGGUGACCGUUAUCUGAAGGGUGCUCAGGAGGCUUCCAUGCUGGAGGAAAAGAUUAAUGUGCUCGAACAUGAAAAGAGAGCGCUGCAGAUACUGCUUGACUCUGACGGAAAAAGGGGUGAGGAGCUGUCUGCUGAAACAGAGAUGAUAUCUCUGAAGGUCAAACUCCAAGAGCUGCAGGAUCAAAAUGAAGCGUUGCGGUUGCAGUUUGAGUCCUGUGAUGUGCAGUGUCAGCAACUGUCUGGUAGAUCUAAUGAAGUUUCCGAUCUCAAGAGCAGGCUUCACAAGAUUGUAGAAGAAAAUGUAAUGGUGCAGUCAUGUGGCAAUUCUGAUGGAGUGAAACGUGCUCAGCUGUCAGCUUCCUCGGAUGAAGUUUUCCUUAAGGUUCAACUUCAAGAGCUACAAGGUGAAAGGGAACAGAUGCAAUGCCAAUUAUAUUCUCUUCAAUUGCAGUGUGAGCAGCUUUCUUCAGCCCCUGAUGAACUUCGUGAUCUGAAGACCAGACUUGGGGUACUAGAGGAGGAAAAGGAACUGCUUCAAACACAACUGAACUCAACACAUUCUCAAGCACUUAAUGAUAAAUCAUCAGAGAAUGCUGAUAAAAUUUCUGCAUUGACAGAAACAUUAGAGCUUAUGGAACUUGAAAGGCGUGAAUUGCAAUUGCAGUUAAAUUCUGCUAAAGCACAGCAUGCUGAGUGGGCUGAUGAAAUGUCAACCCUGAAGCACAAUUUUCAGGAACUGCAAGAUAAGAAGGAUCAGUUAGAAUCUUGGUCGGAUUCGCUUCGUCUGCAGUGUGAACAGCUCUCGGCAACCUCUGAUGAACUUGCUGAUCUGAAGACUAAACUUCAGGUUAUCCAAAUUGAGAAUUCUGAUCUGAAGACCAGGCUUCAAAUGUUGGUGGAGGCGAAAGAGGAACUUCUCCAGACACAGCUGAACUCUUCAACACAUUCUCAGGAACUCAGUGAUGAAUUGGCAAAGACUGCUGCAGAAAUUUCUGCACUGAAAGAAAGACUAGAGCUAGUUGAAGGUGAAAAAGGUGAACUGCAAGUGCAAUUAGAUUCUGCUAAAACACAGCAAGAGCAGUGGUCCUCUGCCACAGAUGAAUUGGCAACCCUAAAGCUUAAACUACAAGCGCUUCAAGAUGAGAAGGAGCAGUUACAAUUGCAGUUUGAUUCACUUGGACUGCAGUGCGAGCAGCUCUCGGCAGCCUCUGAACUUGCUGAUCUGAAGACUAAACUUCAGGUUAUCCAAAUUGAGAAUGCUGAUCUGAAGACCAAGCUUCGGGUGCUAGAGGAAGAAAAGGAACUGCUCCAAACAAAACUAAACUCUUCAACACAUUCUCAGGAACUUGGUGAUGAAUUGGCAAAGACUGCUGAAGAAAUUUCUGCACUGAAAGAAAGACUAGAGCUAGUUGAAGGUGAAAAAGGUGAACUGCAAGUGCAAUUAGAUUCUGCUAAAACACAGCAAGAGCAGUGGUCCUCUGCCACAGAUGAAUUGGCAACCCUAAAGCUUAAACUACAAGCGCUUCAAGAUGAGAAGGAGCAGUUACAAUUGCAGUUUGAUUCACUUGGACUGCAGUGCGAGCAGCUCUCGGCAGUCUCUGAACUUGCUGAUCUGAAGACUAAACUUCAGGUUAUCGAAAUUGAGAAUGCUGAUCUGAAGACCAGGCUUCGGGUGCUAGAGGAGGAAAAGGAACUGCUCCAAACACAACUAAACUCUUCAACACAUUCUCAAGAACUUGGUGAUAAAUCCUCAGAGACUGCCGAUAAAAUUCCUGCAUUAACAGAAAAAUUGCAGCUUGUGGAACUUGAAAGGAGUGAAUUGCAAUUGCAGUUAGAUUCUGCUAAAGCACAGCAUGCUGAGUGGGCUGAUGAAAUGUCAACCCUGAAGCACAAUUUUCAGGAACUGCAAGAUAAGAAGGAUCAGUUAGAAUCUUGGUCGGAUUCUCUUCGUCUGCAGUGUGAACAGCUCUCGGCAACCUCUGAUGAACUUGCUGAUCUGAAGACUAAACUUCAGGUUAUCCAAAUUGAGAAUUCUGAUCUGAAGACCAGGCUUCAAAUGUUGGUGGAGGCGAAAGAGGAACUUCUCCAAACACAGCUGAACUCUUCAACACAUUCUCAGGAACUCGGUGAUGAAUUGGCAAAGACUGCUGCAGAAAUUUCUGCACUGAAAGAAAGACUAGAGCUAGUUGAAGGUGAAAAAGGUGAACUGCAAGUGCAAUUAGAUUCUGCUAAAACACAGCAAGAGCAGUGGUCCUCUGCCACAGAUGAAUUGGCAACCCUAAAGCUUAAACUACAAGCGCUUCAAGAUGAGAAGGAGCAGUUAGAAUUGCAGUUUGAUUCACUUGGACUGCAGUGCGAGCAGCUCUCGGCAGCCUCUGAACUUGCUGAUUUGAAGACUAAACUUCAGGUUAUCGAAAUUGAGAAUGCUGAUCUGAAGACCAGGCUUCGGGUGCUAGAGGAGGAAAAGGAACUGCUCCAAACACAACUAAACUCUUCAACACAUUCUCAAGAAUUUGGUGAUAAAUCCUCAGAGACUGCCGAUAAAAUUCCUGCAUUAACAGAAAAAUUGCAGCUUGUGGAACUUGAAAGGAGUGAAUUGCAAUUGCAGUUAGAUUCUGCUGAAGCACAGCAUGCUGAGUGGGCUGAUGAAAUGUCAACCCUGAAGCACAAUUUUCAGGAACUGCAAGAUAAGAAGGAUCAGUUAGAAUCUUGGUCGGAUUCGCUUCGUCUGCAGUGUGAACAGCUCUCGGCAACCUCUGAUGAACUUGCUGAUCUGAAGACUAAACUUCAAGUUAUCCAAAUUGAGAAUUCUGAUCUGAAGACCAAGCUUCAAAUGUUGGUGGAGGCGAAAGAGGAACUUCUCCAAACACAUCUGAACUCUUCAACACAUUCUCAGGAUCUCAGUGAGAAAUUGGCAAAGACUGCUGCAGAAAUUUCUGCACUGAAAGAAAGACUAGAGCUAGUUGAAGGUGAAAAAGGUGAACUGCAAGUGCAAUUAGAUUCUGCUAAAACACAGCAAGAGCAGUGGUCCUCUGCCACAGAUGAAUUGGCAACCCUAAAGCUUAAACUACAAGCGCUGCAAGAUGAGAAGAAUCAGUUAGAAUUGCAGUUUGAGUCACUUGGACUGCAGUGCGAGCAGCUCUCGGCAGCCUCUGAUGAACUUGCUGAUCUGAAGACUAAGCUUCAGGUUAUCCAAAUUGAGAAUGCUGGUCUGAAGACCAAGCUUCGGGUGCUAGAGGAAGAAAAGGAACUGCUCCAAACAAAACUAAACUCUUCAACACAUUCUCAGGAACUCGGUGAUGAAUUGGCAAAGACUGCUGAAGAAAUUUCUGCACUGAAAGAAAGACUAGAGCUAGUUGAAGGUGAAAAAGCUGACCUUCAAGUGCAAUUAGAUUCUGCUAAAACACAGCAAGAUCAGUGGUCCUCUGCCACAGAUGAAUUGGCAACCCUAAAGCUUAAACUACAAGCGCUUCAAGAUGAAAAGGAGCAGUUAGAAUUGCAGUUCGAUUUGCUUCGGCGACAGUGUGAACAGCUCUCGGCAGCUUCUGAUGAACUUGCUGAUCUGAAAAUUCUACUUCAGGUUAUCCAAAAUGAGAAUGAAAUUCUACAACAGGAGCACUCUCAUAACAAGGAAAUGUCAGCAAUGAAGGACCGUAACCGUGAGCUACAAGCUCUCAUUGACUCCCUUCAAACUCCGAAAGAUCUCUUAUCCACCACUUCUGAUGAAAUUGUAUCUCUAAAGGCUGCACUGGAGGCGCUACAGACUGAACGGGAAGAGCUGAAAUCCCAGCUGGAUUUUACCAAAUCUCAGUAUGAGCAGUUGUCCUUUGCCUCCGAAGAGACAUCUUCGCUCCGAUCAAAGUUGGAGAUGGCAGUGGUGGAGUCGGCGCGCUUGCAGAGCUGCCUGGAGUCUGCUAAUACCCAGCUGGAAGUGCAGUCGCACGUUACGCUGGAACUCGAGCAGAUGAGAUCGGCACUCAGCACCCUGGAGGGCAAAAGGGCACGCAUGCAAGCACUGCUGGGCUGCGGCGAUACCACAGAUGAUGCCAGGGAGGAGGAAGAGGAUCCAUUCGUGGGGAAGAGCCUGCUGCCAGCCGAGGCAGGACGUAUAUAUUCGCGCGACUCCAUGCGCGACAGCGGAAUAGGGAGAUCCAGUGGGGACAUGGUGGAACUUGGCAGCAAUAUUCCACUGCUCGAGGACGAGCAGCUGUUGGUGUGCGACGAAGGAGACGUUGGCUCCCACGAUGCGUCGGUCGUGAGCACCCUAAUGGAGGAGCGUAACGCUGAAAGCGAUGAGCUGCGGCGCUCGCUCGAGGAGCUGAAGGAGAAGUUUGUCCGGGUGCAGAACGAGCGUAGACGGAGCAGUCACAAGCACUUGAACCAGGAGGAGCACUUACAGAAUCAGCUGCUGGAGAGCAUCCAGCUGUGCGAGAGUCUGCUGCUGGAGAAGAAAGAGCUGGAGGCGCAGCUUGAGGCUAGAGUUAAUUUGGUCGAGAAGCUCCAAGAGGACCUGAGAACCAAGAAGGUUGAGCUUCAGGACCUGCAGGAACUACAAGAGUUUGAAAAUCUGGAAAAGAAGACUGAGCAUGAGGCGCAGCUGAUGCAUGAAUUUGAGCAGCUCAAUAAACUUGUGCAGCAAGGGGUGGAAUACAACCAGGAGUUGGAGGCUGACCUGAAGAGGACGUUGCAGGAGCUGCGCUGCAAGGAGGAGGAGAUGCGUAGGCUGCAGGAAGAGAUGUUCCAAAUGACCGAAGCGAUGUCCAAGCAGCAGCGGUGGGAGAACGACAUGCCAAAGGGUUCGGAUGCGCAGGAGCUUAGGGAGCACGUGAAGACGCUGCGGAAGUCACUGGAGGACGCGGAAACCGUGACAAAGGACAGCACCAAGCAGGCCGCCAUACUUCGCACGGAAAACCUCAGCCUCAAGGAGCAGAUGGCGGACAUCCAGGUGAGACUGCAGGCUCUGACGAGGGAGGCGGAGGGCUGCCGCUCAUCGCUCGAGCAGGAGAAAGUGCGCUACUGCAGCAUGGAGAUGGACCUACAGCGCGAGCUGCGCAGCAUCUAUGCCGACCACACCCGCCUCUCGCAGCUCCUCGACGGCAAAGUGCCCAAAGAUCUUCAGACGCGCUAUGAGCUGGAGAAGCAGCUGCAGGAGGUGAAGGCUCGCCUGCAAUCGAUGAUGGAGAGGGACCAAAUGCAAACGGAGGCCUCCCGCCCCGACAAAGCCGACAUCACUGCUCAUGAACGUGCCACCUUGAUGCAAGAGACAUCCGAGCUGAACGAGAAACUCAGCCUCGCGACGGCCGAGAGGGACCAACUGGCGGCAAACCUGGAGACGGCGGUGCGGGAGAAGGUCGACCUACAGCGAAGGGCAUUGGCUCGAGAUGAUGAGCUGGCAUUGGAGAAGGAGAACGUCGCCACGGAGAAGGAGCUCGCUCGGCAGCAAGAGCUUUGCCUUGCCGAGGAAUUGGCUUGCAGGAAAGCCGAGCUCUCCCAAUCGUCUCUGGCGAGCAGCGUUGAGCACCGGGAUGCCACCGGCGCCUUGAGCACGGUGACAGAGCAGCUUUCGGACAUGAAAGAAAGGGUGCGCUGUUUCACCCUGCAAAGGGACGAACUGUCGGCCAGGGUGGAUACGCUGGUUGCAGAGAGGGAAAGCCUGCUGGCGGAGAAGGGCUUGCUGGAAAGUGCGCUGCUCAGCCAGGAGGCGGGCGCGCGAGAGGAACACGGCCGGCUCUCGCGGGAGGUGGCAGUGUUGAAUGAGCAGCUGGGCAUAUUGGCCGAGGAGAAGGCGGCCGUGCAGCUGAGCCUCGAGAGGGUCAUCGCGGAGAGGGAUGAGAUACAAAGCGAUCUCCAGGAUAAUGUCGACAGCGCCAUCCAAAUUCAAGCGGAGCUGUUGGAGCUGCAGGCAAAGCUGAAGGCUUCACAGAUGCAGCAGAAGGACAUGGAGAAGGCCCUUCAGGAGAAGUCCACUGAAGUUAUGAGGAUGCAGAAACGGCUGAUGGAAGCACAAUCAUCUGGACAGGCCAUGCAAAUUCAAGGGGAGCUGUUUGAGCUGCAGGAGAAGAUGAAAGCCUCAGAGAUGCAGCACAAGGACAUGGAGAAGGCCCUUCAGGAGAAGUCCACCAAGGUGGUGUGGCUGCAGAAACAACUGACAGAGGCACAGGUGUCUGAACAGGACCUAAGCGCACGCAUGUCGGACCUGAACGGCCGCUGCGCGAAGCUGUCUGCCGACCUGUCCUCGCGGGAGGCGCUGGUGGAGCAGCUGCAGGGCUCUCUGUCGCAGGAGCAGCGGCGCACGUUGGACGAGGAGCAGCGCCAUUCGGCACUGGUGGAGGAGCUCCGUGCAGCGCACCACAGCAGCGAGGGCUUGCGGGACGAGGUGCAGGUGCUGAGCCGACAGGUUGUGGAGCUCGAGCAGCAGCUGGCGCUCGCCCAGGAAAAGAACAACAAUUUCAUUGCUGAAGCAGCCCACCAUGUUGAGGAGCUGAAUUUGAUGACGUUGCAGUCGGAGUACUUCAUGAAGCUGAUCGAUGAAUCUGACAUGGAGCUCAAGGAGGAGAGGAAUCGGACUCAGGAGCUGCUGGCUCGCGUCGCCUCCCUCGAGUCGCAGCUGGAGGCGGCCACGGCAGGCGGGUUAGCCGGACCGAGUGGCUCGAGCGAGCUCCAACAGCUGAAGGAGAAGCUCACGGAGGUGGAGGCAUCUUUGAAGUUCAACAAGGAGACGAUGGGCAGCAGCGAGAAGGCGUUUGGCGAGACGGUGGAGCGCCUGCAGUCCGAGCUCGCGGUGGAGAAGCGUCAGACGGACGUGCUGAGGCAGCGCGUCGCCGUGCUGGAGAGCGAGGCUCCUCACCUUAACUCCCAGCUGCAGGUCGCCCAUGCCGAACAGAGCGUCGACACAUCGGAGAGCCAGCAGCAACUGGAAACUUUGAAGGAAGAGGUCCAGGAGAUGAAGUUUCAGUCGGAGUACUUCAUGAAGCUGAUCGAUGAAUCUGACAUGGAGCUCAAGGAGGAGAGGAAUCGGACUAAGGAGCUGCUGGCUCGCGUCGCCUCCCUCGAGUCGCAGCUGCAGGCUGCCAUGUCAGGUGGAAGAGCCGGGCCGAGCGAGUCGGGCGAGCUCCAACGGCUGAAGGAGAAGCUCACGGAGGUGGAAGCGUCUUUGAAGUUCAACAAGGAGACGAUGGGCAGCAGCGAGAAGGCGUUUGGCGAGACGGUGGAGCGCCUGCAGUCCGAGCUCGCGGUGGAGAAGCGUCAGACGGACGUGCUGAGGCAGCGCGUCGCCAUGCUGGAGAGCGAGGCUCCUCGCCUUGGCUCCCAGGUUGCCCGUGCCGAACAAAGCGCCGACACAUCGGAGAGCCAGCAGCAACUGGAAACUUUGAAGGAAGAGGUCCAGAAUCUGCAGGAGCUGCUCGCCUGCGGAAAUGACGGCAAAGAGGAAGCGGUGGCGUUGCGCGCGAAGAUGGCGGAGAUGGUGUCGCGCGUGAGCGAGCUUGAGCAGCGUGUGAUCAGGAGGGACUCGCAGCUUUGCGAUCUCAAAAGGCGGCUGCAGGUCCUCAUGAAGCCAAAUAAGCCGGAUGCUGACGGGAAGGAGUCUGCAGAUGUCAAGUAUGAGCUCGUGAAACUGCAGUUGGAGAAGUACAAGCUGGAGAGCGCUCACGAGAAGGAGGUCAAGUCUCUGAAGACCACGUUGAGCGCAAAGGAGCAGACACUGAGGAGGCUGAAGGAGGACCUGCGUGCGGCGAGGCAGCAGGCGGACUCCACCUUCUCAGAGCCGAGUCACGGUGCCUCAUCUGGCGUCGUCACCUGCGGUGGUGGCAGCGGCGUCAUACAGGCCACGGCACUCAUCAUCCUGCAGAACGAGAACACGCGGCUGCACAAUGAGCUGAAGCAUCUGAAACUCAAGCUGACGUCAAUCAAGGAAGGGACGAUGCUGGUGCGACUCAAGGACUCCGCGACCAAGUACAAGCGGGAGAACGAGGCGCUCAGGGAGAAUGUGAAGUUGCUGCAGUCUCAGCUGGACCUCCAGAAGGUGGAGAGCAGCGCGGCAGCGCCACCGUCGCCGCAACUGCCACCGGCACCAAAAACGGCCUCCGACGCGCCAGCCGGCAGCCUCCGCACACCCACCAAGCGAGCGAAGGCCUGCAUUGAGAACAAGGCCCCACUCUCCCCACGCAAGAACCUCAUGAUGCCGCAACCUAAGAAGCAGUACUUCGAGCCGGGAGCGCCGAUCGCCCUGCCGAGCAACGUCCAGUUCUUCGACAACUCCAGGCUCGAAUUGAGUCCGCAGAAACGUGCGCCACGCUCCACCGCUAACAGGGAUGAUGAAGACUUCUGGAAGGGGCCGUCGCAUGCCGACCAGUGCAAGCAGCAGUAACGGAGUCACUACUGAUUGGAGUCUUUAAAGCAUCGUCCUAAUUAUUUUAUUGCUUUACAAGCGUGCUUUCAAAAUACGGCAGAGAAAAACGAAACUAAAGGUAGCAGAAAAAAUAUAACCCCUUUAGAGCAAUUAUUAGUCACAAGGCUGUCUAUAAAUGUAUACAACAAUACUCUUGUGUACAAUAAUCACAGCAUGGCAAUGUAAUGUAAAACUAUAAAUGGUAUAGUGUUUGGUAUGUUUAUGCGUGGGAGCAACGGAAAUCAUAAUGUAAAUAAAUUGUGUGAUUUCCUUACUUGUUAAUGCACAUUUAGAAGUGUAUAUCAAAGUUUGACAGACAUUGAGUUAGAUUGGCAUUUACGUUGUGUAACUUGCAGUGCGCCACAAUCCAUGACACAAAAACAUGGCUCUUUCAUAACAUUCUACUUGUCAUUAUUGCCCCAAACUAUAAUUAUUUACAGUUGUUAGUAAGAAUCUAAAUUUACGGUUUUAGCCAAGCCAAUAAGUUUUGGUUGCAGAAUGAAGAAAGCCUUUUGCUUUGUUUUUUUUAUCAAUGCGGUUUCUAACCAUGCACCUUUUUGAUCUAUUUAAAUAUCUGAUUUCUGCGUAGUUGCACAAUACCUUUGGCUGUUUACAGAGUUCCUCUGCCUGACGCUUGUUUAUCAAUCCUGUUGCAAGUGUGGAACUGUUGGUGAGAGCCCUCAUGUCUGUUUUAGGUUAUUGUAAACAUUCUGCUGUAUAAGACUUUCGCUGAGAGAUAUUGGGUUCCGGUGAUCUUUGCUUUAAACUGUUUUUCCCAAAUAUUAAUUUUCUUUUAGUUUUAAUAAAGUUCGUUAUGUCCUUGUCA